CUGAACAACAACAGAGCAGGAAUAAAGCCUCCUGGAGUGUCAUUUCCCAAGAAACCAAAACUGGUCAGACUAGAAGAAAUGGGUCCUGGAAAAGCUGCCGCCAUUGGAGCAGGAGUAGUCGGUGUAGUUGCGGUGGCGGCGACUCCUGUUGCCUUGGCCGGUGUAGGUUUCACCUCGGCUGGAAUAGCAGCAGGCUCCUACGCUGCUAGCAUGAUGUCUGCUGCUGCAGUCGCAAACGGAGGAGCGGUGGCGGCGGGAAGCACCGUGGCUGUUCUGCAGGCAGCAGGUGCAGCUGGUCUGUCAGGAGCUGCCACUGCAGCAGUGGCCGGUGUUGGCGCAGCAGCUGGAGCAGCAGCGGGAUGGGUGGCUAGCUUCUUCACCAAAAAAAUCUAAGAAUAAAUGAUUUUGAAAUAUACAUUUAUUGAAUGUAUUCAUGCAUUAAAUCUCUAAAAACA